AUGAGACACAAACAAGAGUCAAGAAGAGCAAUGGAAAAGAAUGAAGAGGCAGAGGUUACAAAUGAGAGGACUACUAUAUUUUAUCUUUAUCAUCCAUGUUCUCUACUCCAAAAAUUCCUUGGAACUUUCUUCAAAUGUUUAGGCUUUGAGAUUGAAACCAACAAAAAAGAACAUGAACUAAAAAAUCCUUCAGAUCACACAGAAGAGGAUCUUGGAACUGAAAACAAGAGGAAUGUUCAACAAGCACUACUCAAAGGUUUUCAGAUUAUGAGAACUUUGAUAAUUAGGCGUGGUGGACCAAGAAGAUCAGAUCUUAGUAAAGGAUCAAGCCCUGGGAUUAAUUAA